AUAAAGUCAGGCAGGAGAACGAUCUUGCGUGUUUAUUUCCGAAUAUCGAAUAGUUUUAAUUUUAUAAAAAUUUACUUAAAUACGAAGAUCAGCAAUGUCUGUAGUGAAGCUAAAAGACAACAAGCCCGAACCAGUGGCAUACAGUGACGCUGCGUUGAGGAAUAAUGCCGCUGUGGUUGAAUAUUGUAGAACCUCAAUGGCAGCCCUUUCGGGCUCCACUGCAGGAGUUCUUGGACUGACCGGUUUGAAUGGAUUUGCAUUCUACGUUUUCUCCGUGGUGGUUCUAUGGGUUAUGUUCAUCAUCAAAGCCGGCCCGAACUGGCACAAGUACUACGUCUCUAGACAAAGCUUGCUGACGAAUGGAUUCUUCGGAGCGUUGUUCACUUAUGUAUUAUUCUGGACGUUUAUAUACGGAAUGGUUCAUGUAUAUUAGAGUUAAGAUUAGAUUAAAUGUUUUAUAUCAAGUUAUGGAUGGUUAAUCGAUUGUAUUUAUUUUAUUAUGUAUUUAAAUUGUUUAUUUUCUUGUGGAAUGUAAAAAGAAUGUGAAACAAGUUUUGUUUCAUAUAGGAUAGUCCUGCUCAGAUAGGUUUUGGUAUGUCACAGUAACUUUUAAAAGAACACAAAAUUAUUGUUAAAAUUUAGGACCUUGCUUCAGCAAUCUGCAUGCAUUUAUACAUUCAUGUCUACUAUGAUAUUGUAUUAGUCUGAUAGACAAAUAGAAAAUUGUAAUAAUGUAACAUUACAAAUAAAAGCACGUAGCAGACAGAAUUCUGGCUACAGGAAAGUUACUUAGCCGAUUUUGAUAAACAAGGAGGAUUUCACAUCUGUGUUGUUAUGUUUUCUCAAAUAUUCCAUAUAGUUAAGCUAUAAUAA